AUGAAUUCGGGGCGAUGCAAAGCCAAAGCCUCAGCAGCGCUCGCCUGCACUGGAUGCCGCAAGCAGCACCUCAAGUGUGACGCCGACAAGCCAGCAUGCUCUCGCUGCCUACAGGCCGGGCUGGCCUGUCAUUAUUUGCCGUCCCGGCGUGGAGGUCGCAGGAAAUCUCGCCUUAAUGGGAGCAGCCAGGACCACAGUUCUGUCGGCGACAGUCAUCGGGAUUUCGAUUUACAGGGUGAAAUCACCCCCAGUCGCAUACACAUGGACGGGCCAAUCUCGAUGAUACCUCAGAAUUCCGUCCCUCAGCCUCAGAGAAUCGAAAGCCCUGACAACCAGCGUAAUUCGGCUGUCGGUUCUGUGUGGUCUGGGGUAGUGUCCGGGGACACCAUGCAGCUACUGCCAUCGCCGUCAGAUAUACCCGAUGAGCCAACGCCAGAUGACCGCUCGAUUCGACUAUUUUAUGAGAAUUUCCACAUGGCACACCCUAUCUUGGUGCCUAGCUCUCUAUAUGGUAUUCGGAAUUACCCGGUUUUUCUGCAGUUGGUGGUCAAUUUCAUCGGGUCGCAUUAUCUACCCCUUAGUCCGGACCUCCAGUACAAGGACAGAGUGGCCGCCGAACUUGCGUCAAGUCCAGACCAGUCUCCACACAUGGUUCAGGCAUUAUUGAUGUUUGCGAUUGCGUUGUAUGCUCGCGGCGAAGGCCUUGAAGCACAAUCUGCACUCACCCGAAGCAUCAGCUUGGCCCUCGAAUUGGGGAUGCAUCGCAAGGAAUUUGCUUCUUCGUGUUAUCCGACUCGGUCUAUUGACGCGGAGAGUCUGAGAAGAACGUGGUGGGAGCUAUACAUCACCGACGUCCUCAUCGCUGCGCUGGGCAAAAAGCUCAACUUUCAAUGUGCCAGUGUGCCACACGAUGUCGCUCUUCCUUGCGAAGAGGUUACAUAUGCCAACAACGGUGCGAUUCCUGAACCGCCUACGAUUCGCGACUUUCAGCAACGUGUAUUUGCCGAUGAGGAAUCUGCGUUUUCAUCGUUCAGUUAUCGGAUUGACGCGACCAAGAUUUUGAGUCGGAUUCUUGUGCUGAACCGCCUACGUGACUGCCAUCGCGACCAUCUGCAAGCGGUGGAAAACGCACUUGUUAGCUGGAUCAACCAUAUCCCCGCCAAAAAGGUCGACAUUGUGGACUCGUAUGGAAAUGUGGACGAAAUGCUGUUUCAGGCCCACCUGACAAUUAGCUACGCCGCAAUGCUUUUACAUCUCCCGCGAAGCGAUUUUCAACCUAUUUCGCCUUCCACGGAGAGUCUAUUCUACCCCUGGGUGCCGCAUCAUCUCCCUCCCUCCUUUACGAGGUUGGUGCAUAGCAUCAAAGCCACCGAGGCAUCCAAACAGCUCUCAGACUUCAUUUCUAUCUGCCCUGCAGUUCACCGCCACACCCCGUUUGUGGUUUCAGCGCUUGUGCUCUGCGGCAUGGUCCAAUUAUCGACGUGUGCCAAUCACUCGAACGAAUGUUUGGAUCAUCAUCGCAACCGCGUCAUUCUCGUCCUUGGCUGUCUAAAGAAUCUAAAGCGAACUUGGGCCGUCGCAGGACCGGCAUACCACCAUUUGAGGUCCAGUGCACUGCAGGUUGAGAAGCUGACUACAGAGCAAUCGAGUACAUCUCUUCCUGCAGGAUCUAUUCAAACGGAGGAAGGGAACUCCCAGAUCGGGCUGGCAAAUGUCAAUGAGCAGCGGCCAAUUUCUCAGCAUAUGACGCCGACUUUUAUUGAUCCGACGUGCAGUAAUACUUUUUUCUUCAACAACAUGCCGGAUUUUGAUUUCAGUUGA